GACCUUACGUACAAAAUGCGGGGCUUAACGGUGAUAUAUGUACCCCAGGAGGGUACCGACCUGAGCAGCGAGGAGGCCAUCGCCGAUAAGGAGUUGGUCAAGAGGCUAGAGGGUGUGGUAGCCUAUUGGACCACACAAAUCAGAGUGGCACUCUCGGACCAGGAGCAAGCAACACCCAACGAAUUGCUGUGUCUCAAAGAUGAAUACGACUUUUGGGUUUAUCGCCACGACAAUCUGAGCGGCCUAAAUUUGCAAAUCCAAAGUCGCACGGUGAAGAACAUAACGGAGUUCUUGACGGCGAGUCAGUCGACUUACAUCCGUCAGUUCUUGACGUUGAAGGACGAGAUCGAGGACGGCGUGAAGGAAGCCAGGUCCAACAUCGAGUUCCUGCGAGUCCUGAUGGAUCCCUCCGCGGAAUUGGACAAAUGUGAUCGCCCGUCGAACAUCGAGGAGCACCUGAUGCUGAUCGUGCACCUGUUCAGGACCAUUUGGCUGAACGCACCGUACUACGGCAGCGAGGAGAGGAUCGAGAACCUGUUCAAGGCUCUGAGCAAUCAGAUCAUCAUCCUGUGCCGAAACUACAUCGAUUUCAAAGAGCUGUUCGCCGGCAAGACGAGGACGUACAUGGACAAGUUCGAGGAGUCGAUAAGAGCCUGCGAGAGUUACAAGUCUUUGUACGACAGGAUAGCGCAAGCCCACAAUAAUUUAACGAAUGUACCCUGGGAAUUAAACAAGGACAAUAUAUUCCAGCACAUCGAUAUUUUCAUCGGCAGGUGCCAGGAUAUGAUUGAGAUCUGUCAGGCGAUGAUCGAUUUCGCCAGAAUGGACGAAACGACGGAGAUGAUAAAGCCGAUGUUCGGCGGUACAAAAGGGGAGGAACGGGAGAGGGUGUGUCAAAAGAUCGAAAGGCUGUUCCACGAAGCUCUGCAGAAGAUCGAGCAGAAUACUCACAAGAUCCUGGACGUUCAUCACACCACGUGGCACGACUACAUGUUCACCUUCCGUGCCGAAAUGAAAGACCUGGAGGUGAUCAUCGAGAACCUGGCAGCGUCGGUUUUCUUGCAUAUGAACAACGUGCAGGAAGGAAUAGAGGAUCUUCAGGGCUUCUUCACUUACAUGAAUCGCGACAAACUGGUAUCUCUGUUCGAUGCCAAAACAGCCGAGAUAUGGAAGCUGUUCAGCGAUGAUAUUCAACGAACGAAGCAGGAGGUAUUGGACGAAAUGGAGGAGUAUCCUUCGAUGACUCCGUAUUAUGCUGGCAGAGCAUUGAAUCUGAAGCUGAAAGGUGCCCGUCUGCAAUCAACAAGAGAGAUGCUCGAGAUGGCCGUGUGGAUGCCCUAUUGCGCCCUCAGCGACGAGAUCUAUCACCAGCAUGAUCUGCUGAAAAAAUCGAUCGAGGAUUUCGUCAUCGAUAUACACGGCAAAUGGGUACACGAGAUCGGUGACAAUCCCCGUGUCAAGCUGGAUCGUUUCCUCAUGCGACGCAGCGACUCGGACGAGGGCCUCCUCACCUGCAACAUCGACCCCUCCAUUUUGAGCUUGUGCCGCGAAACUGCCUACUGGAUCGCACUCAAGCACACUAUACCUGUCCACAUGCAGGUCGUUUAUGAUAAAUGGGAGACGCUUCACUUUGUCUUCGAGAGCGUCCUCGCUGUCAUCAUUGGUUACAACAAAGCGAUCAAGGCGUUGUCGAUGACGGAGCGCGAGCUGUUCCGCGAACUAAUUCGCCGGCUAGACAGGAAGAUCAAUCCCGGCUUAAACAGGCUGACAUGGAACACGGAAUACGUGGACGCAUACAUCGAGGAUUGCUUUAACCAAACGCUCCAGGAGUUCAUCGACAUCUACAGGGAGUCGAAUCAGCAGAUCAUAAAGCUGAACGAGAGGAUCUGCAACACGCCGAUGAUCAAGAUCAAGCCCAACUACACGUACACGUUGGAGGAGCUGCAGCAGGACCUGCUGAAGGUCAGAGACGAGACCUUCGAAAUUCUACGCGAGUACCACUGGACCAUCGUCCAGUACGUGCUGGUCAUCUGCGAUGGGUUCAAGGAAGUUCUGGAGGACUGUCUAGACCAGUGGAAGAUUUUCCUGAGCAGAAUGGACUUGGUGAUAGGCGAGGCUUUCAAGAUGUGUCUGAUAGAGUCCCUGGAGGCCAUGUACGUUGCUCUUCAUGGCGAUGGCACCACGCCGCCAUCGCCGCUCAUUUUGGUCCACGUGGAACUUAUAGAUAACAAGAUAAAAUUCGUGCCGAAUCUAUCAGAUAUCGCGAUGGAAAUCUCGGUGAUCUUCGACAAUCUCCUGGUCCCGUUAAAGAAGGUGACCCGGCUGAUAGACAAAUUCAAAUUUGAUGUUCCGGUGCCGCCAUUUUGGAAAAUGUACGAGAAAGAAACGGAGCUGCUCGAUCUUCAACAAAAGCUGAACGACGAGGUGAAUUUCUGCUUCGUCCAAGUACAGAACUACCUGAAGACUUGGGAACCGUUUCAAGAAAUAUGGGAGAUGAACAGGGAGAUGUAUCUCCAGAGGUACGAGAAGCUGAAGCCAACCGCGGACACGUUCGACUCGGACAUCAGCAGGUACACGAUCAUCGCGAAUAACGUCCAAAUGCAGGAGACGGUGAUGACUGUGCACUUCCUGGACGUGAAUGCAGAUCGACUGAAGGGCGCUAUCAUCGAGCAGUGCUCGAUUUGGCAGCAGAAAUUGAUCGGCGUUCUGUUCCGUCAGACGCAGAACAUGGUGAACCACGUGUACCACUAUAUCGCAGAGAAUUCGAAGAAAAUAACGAAAGAGCCGACGGAUCUGAUCAGCAUGCAAUACGCGAUGCAGUUGUUCGAGAAACUCACCAACGAUAUUCCUCAGGAGGAGGAGGAAUUCCCGAAGAUCCGCGAGCAAUACCAGACUUUGGACAAGUACGAAGUGACCAUAACGUUCGACUUCAAGCGAAAGCUGUACGACGUGGAGCCUGCCUGGACAGCCUAUCUAGACCUCCUGGAGAAGUCUAGUGUCAUGCUGAAGCAGAAAAAGGAGGAGUUCAAGCAGAUGCUCCUCGAUGAUUCCAUAAUGUUCCAAGAAGAAGUGAUGGCACUGGUCGGGAAAUUUUGGGACACUGGACCAUUCACGUCUAGCUGGCAGGUGAAAGACGCGUUUAUCUGGAUCGGCUACUUAGAACGGGAGAUCUCAUCUCUGAAAAAGAGAGAAAGCGAAUUGAAGACGCAGCUUUUGGUGUUUGACAUCGGGCAUCAGGAUUCCGUCGAAUUAAUGCAGCUGGAACAGGAUACGAAGGCCAUCCUCCUUGUAUGGGAAAUCACCAACGAAUGGAACGAAGCCUGGGCAAGAUACAGAACGGAGAAUUUCUGGGAGAUUGAGAUGGAGGAGAUGGAAAACACUGCAAACGUUCUGUUUAGGAAGCUGAACCGUCUGAGUAGGGAGCUGAAGGAAAAGAACUGGGAGAUCGUCGAGCACUCGAGAGGGAGAGUGGACAGGUUUAGACGUACUCUACCGUUGAUCACUGACCUAAAGAACCCAGCAAUGAGACCCAGACACUGGAAAAAAGUGAAGACGAUCGUGGACCGCGAGUUCGACGAGAGAUCCGACGAAUUCACCCUAGACGCUAUCGCGGAGAUGGAAUUGCAAAACUACGCGGAGCAGAUCAACGAUAUCUCCAACUCGGCUACCAUGGAGUUGGCUAUCGAAGUUGGUUUGAAAAAUAUCAGCGAAAUCUGGGCACGCAUGCCAUUGGAGAUGAUCCCUUACAAAGACAGAGGUAUACACAAGAUAAAAUCCACCGACGACAUAAUGCAGUUUUUGGAGGAUCAUCAAGUUCAAUUAUCAGCCAUGAAGGCCACCAGGUUCGUUGAACCAUUCGCCGACGAGGUUGAUUACUGGGAACGAACCCUUUCGACCAUCGGGGAGGUCCUCGAAACGACCCUGUUAAUUCAGCGCGGCUACGUGUACAUGGACAACAUAUUCACCACGGAAGACAUCCGGAAACAGCUCCCCAAGGAGACAGACGACUACGACAAACUGACGAGUCUGUGGACCGAAAUUACGUCGCGGAUGGCAUCGUACGCUCUGGCGCUACCAGCCACCCACAAUCCACCCGGGCUGCUCAACGUUCUCGGUAACAUCAAUCGCAAGCUGGAGACGAUGCAGCGCGCCCUGGAACAGUACCUGGAGACCAAACGACACGUGUUCCCGAGAUUCUACUUCAUCUCGAACGACGAUCUGCUAGAGAUCCUGGCGAACGCGAGAAGACCGGAACUGAUACAGCCGCAUAUCAAGAAGCUCUUCGAGAAUAUUAAAUUUCUCAGUCUAAGUAAAUCUGUCACGGGGAAACUGUUGGCCACCGCGAUGAAUUCCAUCGAGGGAGAGUGCAUCGACUUUAACGAACCCAUUAUUCUGGAGGGCCAGGUGGAGAAAUGGCUCUGCCAGAUUGAGUCGGCGAUGAGAUGCAGCCUGCGCGAGAUGCUGAAGCAGUGCCGAAGCGCGCUGCGAAAAAUGGCCGCGAGACGCGACAGGUGGGUGAAAGAGUGGCCCAGCCAGCCGGGAAUUACGUCCACUCAGAUCCAGUGGACGACCGACUGUACCCGCACCCUGCUGCACUGCAAAUUGGUGGACUCGAGGAGGCCGCUGAAGAAGCUACGAAAACGGCAGAACCAGGUCCUGAGCAAGUACUCGGAGGCGAUCAGGGGCGAGCUGAGCCAUCUGGAGCGACUGAAGUUCAAAGCGAUCGCGGUGAUCGAGAUCCACGCGAGGGACGUUAUCGAGAAGAUGUACCGGGCGAACUGCAAGGACGUGUCGGCCUUCGAGUGGCUGUCGCAGCUCAGGUUCUAUUGGGACAAGGACAUCAACGACUGCAUCGUCUGGCAGACGAACACGUACUUCGUGUACGGGUACGAGUACCUCGGAAACACUGGUCGCUUGGUGAUAACUCCGCUCACGGACAGAUGUUACAUAACGCUGACCACCGCACUCCACCUGUAUCGUGGGGGUAGUCCCAAGGGACCAGCCGGAACGGGGAAGACGGAGACCGUGAAGGAUCUUGGGAAAGCUCUGGGGUUCAACGUGAUCGUGCAGAACUGCUCCGAAGGGCUCGAUUACAAAAGUAUGGGCAGGUUAUUCUCCGGCUUGGCGCAGACCGGAGCAUGGGGUUGCUUCGAUGAAUUCAAUCGCAUAAACAUCGAGGUCUUAUCGGUGGUGGCGCAGCAGAUACUGUCAAUACUGACCGCUCUCUCGCAAAAGCUCACGAGAUUCGUGUUCGAGGGCUGUGAAAUAUCGUUGGUGCACACCUGCGGCAUCUUCAUCACGAUGAAUCCGGGCUACGCGGGCCGCACCGAGCUGCCCGAUAAUCUGAAAUCCAUGUUCAGACCAAUCUCGAUGAUGGUGCCAGACAGCAGCAUGAUCGCAGAGAUCAAUUUGUUCUGCGAAGGAUUCGAACAAACGCGAGUGCUCGCCAGAAAGGUGUUCACCUUGUACACGUUGGCACAGCAGCAAUUAAGCAAGCAGUAUCACUACGACUUCGGGCUGAGAGGUAUAGUGACCUUGACCAGGUACGCGGGAAAGAAGAAGAGGCUCUAUCCAGAUCUGCCUGACGAAGAGGUGAUCAUCCUCGCCAUGAAGGAUAUGAACAUCGCUAAGCUCACCUCGGACGACUUGCCGCUGUUCCUCGGUAUCACCGGCGAUCUCUUUCCGGACGUCGAGGUGCCGUCGGUGGAUUACGAGGAAAUUAUCGGUUACAUAACCAAGGAGGCCAUCAAGCUGAAGCUGCAGCCUAUUCCCUUGAUACUGACGAAAGUUAUCGAGCUGUACGAGACGAUGAAUUCGAGGCACUCGACGAUGAUAGUGGGCGAGUCGAACACAGCGAAGACGGUUACAUGGAAGGUGCUGCAGAACACGAUGACGACUAUGAAGAACGACAAGAAGCCAGGCUUCGCCGCCGUUCACGUCUACCCCAUUAAUCCAAAGGCGUUGGACCUCGCUGAACUUUACGGAGAGUACAAUCUUAGCACCGGCGAAUGGCACGACGGUGUCAUAUCCUCCAUCAUGCGAAAAACCUGUUCAGACGAUAGCCCUGACGUGAAAUGGAUCCUCUUUGACGGACCGGUGGACGCUGACUGGAUCGAGAACAUGAACAGUGUAAUGGACGAUAACAAGGUUUUGACUCUGAUAAACAACGACCGAAUCACGAUGCCAGAUCAGGUGUCGUUGCUGUUCGAGGUGAAGGACCUAGCUGUCGCCUCUCCGGCCACGGUUUCGCGGGCAGGGAUGGUGUACAACGACUACAAGGAUCUCGGUUGGAAACCUUACGUGAACAGCUGGCUGCAGAAGUACCAGAAAAAUACGGAAUUCGUGGAAGAGAUGAGUAGACUGUUCCAUUCCCACGUGGACGCCAGUCUGCAGUUUAAACGACGAAAAUGCCAGGAACUUGUCCCAGUUCCCGAAUUAAACGCCGUUCAAUCGUUGUGCAAGCUUCUGGAAGUGCUCGCUACCCCUGAAAAUGGGGUUGAGUUCACGGGAGAUGUGGACAUGUUCGCCAAUAUUUGCAGAAUGUGGUUCUUCUUCUGCUUGAUAUGGUCUAUUUGUGCGUCGGUCAACGAGGAGGGUCGCUUCAAAGUGGACAAUUUCAUACGAGAGGUCGAAGGCACGUUCCCAUUGCGAGAUACCGUAUACGAAUACUUCGUCGACUCACGAUUACGAACGUUCGUUUCCUGGGAAGAGAGAUUGCCUUCAGUGUGGCGAAUUCAACCCAACACACCCUUCUACAAGAUAAUCGUGCCUACAGUGGACACUGUUAGAUACGAGUUCAUCGUGAGCGCUCUGCUGAAGAACCAAUACCCUGUGCUCCUGCUGGGUCCCGUAGGCACAGGAAAGACAUCGAUGCUCCAGUCAGUGCUGAAUUCCCUAGACGAGGAGAGGUAUAGCGUGCUGACGCUGAAUAUGUCCGCUCAGACUACCUCGAAGAACGUACAGGAUGCGCUGGAAGGCAGGCUAGAGAAACGUACCAAGGGUGUGUACGUCCCUGUGGGAGGUAAAACCCUGAUAGCGUUUAUGGACGACUUCAAUAUGCCUAUGAAAGAGAUAUACGGAUCCCAGCCACCGUUGGAAUUAAUUCGACAAUGGAUUGGAUACGGUUUCUGGUACGAUCGAGAAAAUCAAACGCGGAGGAUUAUACAGAAGCUGCAACUAAUGGCGGCCAUGGGUCCCCCAGGUGGAGGGCGAAACGUUAUUACGAAUCGCCUGCUCACGAAGUUUAACGUCAUUAACGUGACGUUCCCGGCCGAGAAGCAGAUCGUGAGGAUAUAUGGAUCGAUGUUGAAUCAGCAUUUCAGUGACUUCCACGCGGAAGUGAAGGGAAUAUUCAACGAGAUAACACUGUCCACCAUCGGUUUGUACAACAACGUCAUCCGCAAGAUGCUGCCAACCCCUGCGAAAAUGCACUAUCUGUUCAACCUGAGGGACAUAUCGAAGGUCUUCCAAGGACUGCUACGGAGUCACAAGGACUACCAGUUUUCCAGGCAAACCUUCCUUCGUCUAUGGGUGCACGAAGCCUUCCGUGUCUUCUGCGAUCGACUGAUAGACGAAAAGGACAGAGAUUGGUUCGUAAAUCAAAUUGGUGAACAACUCGGGAAGCAUUUCGAGCUGACUUUCCACAAUAUUUGCCCGGAAAAAAGAUGUCCCCUGUUCGGUAAUUUCAUGAACGUUUGGGACAUAUACGAAGAUCUCACCGACAUUGGUGCCGUAAGGACUUACAUAGAGAGGCAAAUGGACGAAUAUAACGCGUCCAGUGGGGUCGUUCGACUGAAUUUAAUACUUUUCCGUGACGCGGUCGAACACAUUUGUCGCAUACCUCGUGGCAACAUGCUGCUGAUAGGAAUUGGGGGAAGCGGAAGGCAAUCACUGUCACGUAUUGCCAGCUAUAUGUGCGAGCUGACCACCUUCCAGAUCUCUGUCACGAAAAGCUACAGACUACCCGAGUUCCGCGAAGACUUAAAGUCUCUGUACCUGAAAACAGGAGUUGACAAUAGGCCCACCACUUUCCUCUUCAACGACACCCAGGUUAUCGAGGAACAAUUCCUAGAGAUUGUCAACAGCAUACUGAGCACGGGAGAGGUGACUAAUCUAUACAAGAGCGAAGAACUGGAGGAGAUUAAAAAGAGGCUGACAAAGGAGGCUACGCGUGCUGGACGCAUACCAACAACAGAAGCUAUCUAUUCGCUGUUGAUCGAGAGGGCGCGUGCCAAUAUGCACUUGGUGGUGUGCAUGAGCCCGAUCGGCGACGCGUUCAGGAACAGAUUACGCCAGUACCCGGGCCUGAUCAACUGCACGACCAUCGAUUGGUUCCUGGAAUGGCCGAGGGAAGCUCUCCUCGAAGUUGGCAACAAGUUCCUCAUGAAUCUCAAUCUGACGCUCACUAUCACCGGCGAAAAUAAAGCGGAACCACGACAGUCGGCUACAGCGAUACCUCUGCCGCCGCUGCAGGAACGAAUGCGGGACGGAAUUGCGGCGACCUUCUCUCUGAUCCACGAGACAGUAUCACAGUUUUCCAGCAGAAUGGCCGCGGAGAUGAAGCGCUACAAUUACGUGACGCCGGUGAAUUUCCUUGAACUGGUUGCAGGCUAUAAAAUAAUGCUGGCGGAGAAGAGGCAGGAUUUGGCCAGCCAGGCGAACAAACUUCGCAACGGUCUCUCGAAGAUCGACGACACCCGCGUUAAAGUGAACGAAAUGGCUGCGGAACUGGAAGUCACACAGGAGCAGGUUCAUAAAUCUACCAGGGAAUGCGAAGAGUUUCUGGUAACGAUAGUAAACCAGAGUCGAGACGCAGACGAGACACAGAAGACGGUGGCCGCUCGAUCGCAGCGGAUCGGGGAGGAACAAAAGGAGUGCAAGAAGCUCGAGGAAAUCGCUCGAGCUGACCUCGCAACUGUUGAACCAGCGUUGAACGAGGCCAUGAAGGCUCUGGAUGCGCUCAGCAAGAAGGACAUCUCGGAGAUACGGUCUUUCACGCGUCCGCCACCGAAAGUCGAGAUGGUGAUGGAGGCAGUGAUGAUCCUGAAGACCUCGGAGCCAAGCUGGGCGGAGUCGAAGCGUCAGCUCGCCGACGUGAACUUCCUGAACACGCUGCGGGACUUUGACAAAGACAACAUCUCGGAUAGGACGCUCAGAGCUAUUUCCAAGUACACGUCGAACCCGGAGUUCGAGCCGGAGAAGGUGGGCAUGGUGUCGGUGGCAGCCAUGUCGCUGUGCAUAUGGGUCAUCGCCAUGGAAAAAUACGGGAAGCUUUACAGAGUCGUGGCGCCGAAGAGAGAAAAAUUGCAGGCUGCGCUGAAGUCUCUGAGAGACAAGGAGAAGGCUCUGACAGACGCGAUGCAACAGUUGCAGAAGCUGCAUGAGAAGCUGCAGAAGUUUCAAGAGAUGUACGACGCGAAGAUGAAAGAGAAGGAAGAAUUAAUCAAGCUGGCGGAACUAUUGAAGCUGAAACUGGAACGGGCCGCGAUGCUGGUCGACGGUCUCUCGGACGAGAGAAUCCGAUGGGAGAAAACCGUCGCAUCGUUGGCUGAGUUCUUCGACUGGUUGCCAGGUGAUUGCCUAAUAUCCACCGCCUUUGUGUCCUAUUUGGGCCCGUUCGUAUCCAAUUACAGGGAGGAACUGAUAAGCAUGUGGAUGAAAGAGGUGGCGAGCAAGGAAAUCCCAAUGUCACCGAACCUCGACUUGAAAGAGUUCUUAGUCAAUCCCGCAAUCAUCAGGGACUGGAACAUACAGGGGCUACCUUCGGAUGACUUCAGCACUGAGAAUGGAAUCAUCGUGACUAGAGGAACAAGAUGGCCGUUGGUGAUCGACCCACAGUGUCAGGCAGUGAAAUGGAUCAAGAAUAUGGAGGCUGGGAACUCGCUGAGAGUGAUCGAUUUUGGACAAGCAGAUUUCGUCAGGGUGCUUGAAUACGCGAUCCAGUUUGGCAAACCGGUUCUCCUAGAAAACAUCGGCGAGGUGCUCGAUCCGGUGUUAAACCCCAUCCUUGAACGAGCGUUGGUGAAAGUAGAAAACCAACUGAUGAUCAAGUUCAACGAAAAGAUGAUCAGCUACCACGACAAGUUCCGGCUGUUCAUCACGACGAAACUCGCGAACCCCCAUUACGCCCCGGAGAUAUCCACUAAAACGACGUUAUGCAACUUCGCCAUUAAGGAACAGGGACUGGAAGCCCAACUCUUGGGAAUCGUGGUCAGAAAAGAGAAGCCGCAGCUCGAAGAACAGAAGGACAAUCUGGUCUUCACGAUCGCGUCCAAUAAACGAACCCUCAAAGAGCUCGAGGACAAAAUACUCCAUUUACUGAACGUGGCUGGAGACACUCUGCUGGACGAUCUGGAUUUGCUGAGCACCCUGCAGUCGUCGAAGGCUACCUCGAGCUCGAUCGAGGAGUCGCUGGUGGUCUCUGAGCAAACUGAGAAGGAGAUAGAUCUAGCCAGAGAGGAGUACAGGCCGUGCGCGCAUCGCGCCGCGAUACUCUUCUUCGUUCUGAACGACAUGAGCCUUAUCGAUCCGAUGUACCAAUUCGCCCUGGACGCAUACAUUACUUUGUUUAUGCUGUCGAUCGAGAAGAGCGCGAGAAGCUUAAAGCUCGCCGAGAGAAUCGACAGCCUGAACGAAUAUCACACUUACGCGUUGUACAAGAACACCUGUCGGGGCCUGUUCGAGCAACACAAGUUGCUAUUCUCGUUCAACAUGUGUAUGAAAAUCCUGGACGCUCAGGACAAGAUAAUUCCUAGCGAGUACGCGUUCCUACUACGGGGUGGAAUCGUUCUGGAUAAAGAGAAUCAGCCAGAUAAACCGGUAGCCUGGAUGCCAGACGAAACCUGGGAUAAUAUCACGGAGCUGGACAAGCUAGCUGGAUUUCACGGGAUCGUUUCUUCGCUUGAACAGUUUCCACGAGAUUGGCACAAUUGGUAUAUCAGCACGGAACCAGAGCACACACCCCUGGUAGCGGAAUGGGAGACGAAUUGCACCGUGUUUCAGAAGAUGCUGGUGAUACGUAGCUGUCGUCCAGACAGGAUUUCCUUUUGCAUCGCGAACUUCAUCAUGCUGAAUCUUGGCCAGAGAUUCGUCGAGCCACCGGUACUCGACCUGAAGGCGGUCCUCGACGACUCCGUCGCACAAACUCCGCUAAUAUUCGUCCUUUCGACUGGCGUUGAUCCUACAAGCACCCUGAUGCAACUAGUCGACAGCCAGGAAAUGACUAACCACUUUAUGACCCUGUCUCUGGGUCAGGGACAGGCACCCAUUGCCACUAGAAUGAUAGAGGUAGGUGCGAAGGAGGGAGCCUGGGUGUUCCUCGCGAAUUGUCAUUUGUCGCUCAGUUGGAUGCCAAAAUUGGACAAGAUCGUGGAGACCUUAGGGGCCAGCAGAACCAUACAUCCACAAUUCAGAUUGUGGCUUAGCUCAAGCCCGACUCCCCAGUUCCCUAUAUCGAUCCUCCAGGCGGGGAUAAAGAUGACCACGGAACCGCCGAAAGGUUUGAAGGCAAACAUGAAACGGCUUUACAGCUUGAUAACCGAGACCCAGUUCGAGCUGUGCCAAGCAAAGACCAAAUACAAGAAGCUUCUCUUCGCCCUGGUAUUCUUCCAUGCUGUUCUACUCGAGCGUAAAAAGUUCCAGCAAUUGGGCUGGAACGUCGUCUACAGCUUCAACGACUCCGACUUUGUGGUGUCCGAGAACCUCUUGCAAGUCUAUCUUGACGAAUACCCGGUGACUCCAUGGGAAUCCUUGAAGUAUCUCAUAGCGGGUGUCUGUUAUGGCGGCCACGUGACCGACGACUGGGACCGCAGGUUGUUAAUGACGUACGUUCAACAAUAUUUCACCGAGGAGGCCCUGACUGUGCCUAAUUAUCGUUUGUCAUCGCUACCAACCUAUUACAUACCGAGGGACGGUUCGUUGGCCUCCUACCAGGAUUACAUCGCGGUCCUACCAAGCGUCGACAAACCGGAAGCAUUCGGUCAACACCCGAACGCGGACAUCACCUGCUUAAUCAUGGAAACCAGGAACAUGUUCGAGACACUGAUGGGACUUCAAGUUCAGGCUGUUACCAAGGAAGAAACCACCAAAGAGGAGAAGGUCAUCCAAUUAACCGUGGACAUACUGUCGAGGAUACCGAACGACAUCGAUUACGAUGUCACUGUAAAGCUGAUAGGUGACAAGAAAACGCCGUUGGACGUGGUGUUGCUUCAGGAAAUACAACGUUACAACGUGCUACUGCGGAAAACACGCAGCAGCUUGAAGGAUCUUCAACGGGCCAUCAAAGGAUUGGUGCUGAUGUCUCCGGACCUGGAGGAAAUCUUCAACUGUGUAUACGAAGGACGGGUCCCCUCGUUCUGGCUGACAGCGUAUCCCUCGUUGAAGCUGUUGGGUGCCUGGACGAGGGAUUUAGUCAGCAGGGUGGAACACUUCAAUGAAUGGGCUCAAACUACUCAUCCACCGUUGCUGUUCUGGCUGGCCGCGUACACCUUCCCCACCGGCUUCCUUACCGCGGUAUUGCAGACAUCCGCCAGGCUCUGGAACGUGUCUAUCGAUUCCCUGUCUUGGGAAUUCACCGUUUUUACGAUCGACGAAUCGACCAUAAUCGAGCCACCAAUGGACGGCGUGUACAUACGCUCCAUCUUUCUGGAAGGCGCUGGCUGGGACAAGAGGAACAGUGUCCUCGUCGAGCCGACCCCCAUGCAACUUGUUUGCAACAUGCCAGUGAUUCACUUCCGGCCUGCGGAACAGCUCAAGAAGAGAACCAGAGGUCUCUACACCUGCCCCUGCUACUAUUAUCCUCAAAGAAGCGGGGAUCAAGGACGACCCUCGUUCGUAGUGGCGGUCGACUUAAACGCGGGUACAGAGGGUCCGGAUUUCUGGGUGAAGAGAGGCACUGCCCUGCUAUUAAGUCUCUCUGCAUGAGUUUCCUAUUAAUCGUUGUUA